UGCAAAACCCCCAUACUAGGGUUUUAAACCUUCUUCAAAACUAGUUGCCGUUUCAAUCCAAGGGAGUUUUAUCGCCGUCUUGAAGAAAAUGGGUUUCUGGGGACUAGAAGUGAAACCUGGAAAGCCUCAAGCUUUCCAUCCCAAAAACGAACAAGGGAAGCUUCACCUCACUCAGGCAACUCUAGGCUCGGGUUUGGGCAAAGAGAAGAGUGUGAUCCAGUGUUCCGUAGCAGGAAACACACCCAUUUACUUGUGCUCACUGCUGCCUAACAAAACCGAGUGUUGCCCUCUGAAUCUUGAGUUUGAGGACGAUGACGAGACCGUUGAGUUCUCGGUGACUGGUGACAGAAGCAUCCACCUUUCUGGAUUCUUGGAGGAAUAUGAUGACGAUGAGGAGUAUGAGCAGGACGAAGAUGAUUCAGAUGGUAUGGAGAUUGCUGAAAUGGGGUCUGAAGAGUCUUCUGACUAUGAUAGUGAAGAGGAUGAAGAUGACAUGGAUGAGGAUCAGAUGGAUAAAUUUGAGGACUUUCUUGAUCGCAAUCUCGAAAUGUAUCGCCAGUCUUCUGUCCCAAACAGCGGAGUUGUGAUUGAGGAGAUAGAAGAGGAUGAAGAGAAGCCUGCCGAAGAUAAAAAGAAUAAACGAUCCAAGAAGAAGAGUCAAGCUGCCAAAGAUAAGAACGCAAAUAAACAGAUUGGUGUCAAAGAGAGUGCCCAUGCUUCAGAUCUGGAGAGCGAAGAUGAAGAUGGUUUUCCCAUUCCCAAAGAGAAUAAUAAGUCUGGUGAGAAGAUGAACUCAGAUGUUGACGAACAAGGUAGCAACAAGAAACGGAAGGCCAAGGCUUCUGAGCAAGAUGGUGGACAAGAAAGUGAAAACAAGAAUAAAAAGAAGAAAAAUCAGAAGGAGAAGAAGAAAGGCGAAAGUACCUCAAAUGAGAAAGUUGAGACGUGCAGUGUGCUGAAGAAGAAGGAAACCACCCAAACUUCUUCAAGCCAGAAAGCUCAAAACGAAACCAAAAACAAUGCCAUGAGUCAAAGCUCUAAGACCCCAGAUAAAUCUGCUGAGAAGAAAAAUAAGCAGAAGAACACAAGUGAGAAAGCUACAGUCGAGAACUCCAAGGCUUCUCAAGAACAGACAUACCCAAAUGGGCUCGUUGUUGAGGAGUUAAAAUUGGGCAAACCCAACGGCAAGCAAGCUACUCCUGGAAAGCAGGUCAGUGUCCGUUAUAUUGGAAAGCUUCAGAAGAAUGGGAAGAUCUUCGAUUCCAACAUCGGAAAAGCACCUUUUAAGUUCAAGCUAGGUCGUGGAGAAGUCAUCAAGGGAUGGGAUGUAGGCGUUAAUGGAAUGCGUGUUGGUGAGAAAAGAAAGCUUACAAUUCCUCCAUCAAUGGGGUACGGUUCUCGCGGUGCUGGUGGCCAGAUUCCUCCUAACGCUUGGCUGUCGUUUGAAGUCGAACUGAUUGAUGUUAAGUAAAAACCGCUCCGAGUUGAUUGAAUCUGUGAUGAGGAGUUUUGAACUGUGGUUGGGUUGUAAGAAACUUUGAGGUGUGGUUGUAGUUGACAAAGGUCGAACCUGUCCUCGUAACAUUUGGUUUUAGUCGUCUUGUUACUUGUACGUUGAAUUUCUCGGAUUUUAUAUUUCAACUAGUAAUUCCUUUUCCUCUUG